AAAGAAGAAAAAUGUAUUUAUUUGCGAAGUCCGCAGUUACCCGCUGUUUAGCACCAACCAAUAACGUUAUGCCGAAUGGCUAACUGUUUGGUGAAUGUUUGGGGACGUGUUUUGGAUUUUUUAUGUUGUCAUUUAACAUGUAUCUUUAAGAUACAGUUCGUCUGAAAGCCGUUUUGGUUUGAUUUCAAACAAUCAACACCAACCAUGAAUCCGGCAAAGCAAAAGAACUGGAAGCUCCUCAUUGAUCCACUUAUCAUCAAAGGGGCAGUGAAGCUCUUCCGUUAUGAAGGGCAAGUUCCAGGAGAUCCCACCUAUCCAGUUGUUCAUGUUCGGGAUCCACGUUCACAGAUUCCAAAGCUUUGGUCUAGGCUUGAAGUUCUGGAUCUACCAGUACCAAGAUUCAGGAUAGAUGCAGAAUAUAUAGGGGACCCUCCCUCAGUUGAAGUCACUAUAUGUAAUGUCAAUGAUAACAUUGAUAAAGUUUUUCUUGGAGAUCUGGUGAAAAAACAUGGCCCGUUUGAGGAACUUCAGAUCUUUUAUCACCCAAAAACCAAUAAACAUUUGGGAUUGGCUAGAGUCAUAUUUGAGAAUGUAAAAAAUGCUAAAGCUUGUGUAGAAAAGCUCAAUCAGACCUCAGUUAUGGGAAAACCUUUACAAGUAUUUCUUGACCCAUUUGGGGCGGAAUGCAAAAAACUCUUCGAAUCGCUAACGACCGAGAAAAAGCCUGAAGUUAAACCCGAAAUUAAAAAAGUUGAAAACAAACCGAGUGAAGAGCCAGAAACGGUUGUUCCAGUUCCUCCUCUACCAGUCGUACAAAGGGAGAAAAGCAGCAGUCAGCUGCAAACCACCAACAGUCUUGAAUCAGAGGAGCACUAUUUUAAUUCCAACGGCCAUGCCGGUGUUGAGGGAUCCUACAAUUUUCCGCCACCGGCAUUCUCUGUUCCGCCACCUACUGCCGACUUCUAUGGAGGUUGGCACCAGCAGUUUUGGAAUACAUCAGCUCCUUCUUGGGUCACACAACCACCUCCAGAAGCAGCUCCCGCGAACAGCAAUCAAGAAGAAGAGAAGAAAGAAGAGGAGCCUCUCGUUUUAGAUUUAGAUUCACGGAUAGAGCUCCUCUUGAAGGGGAAGAUCUCGGCAGCACUCAAUACACCUGCUUUCCUGCAGCUUCAGCUAGAUGGUAGCAGCAAUUCUGGUUCCUCGAGAAGCAGCAGUCGAGCUGCCGAUCACGAAAACAAGAAUGUAGAUCCUUGUUCCAGCCCACCUCUUUCACCUCCUCCAUCUCCUUUCUUGUCUCAAGAAAUCUAUUUAGAAUAUCAUAGAGCUGCUCAUCCAGAACCCCCACAAGCCCCACGUUUAAGUGGAGAGAUACUUAACGACGAAAUGAGCCUGUCCAGCUUAAGCUCGGGAGAUGAAAAAAUUUUCAACUCUGAUGGAACGAAAAUUGAAGUAGAUGACCAAAAUGCAGGAGGACCCUCAUUUUCACACUUUUUCCCUCCGCCUCCCAACUACAAUUCUAGUGACCCCUAUUUUGCUUGGCGGGGUAUGUAUGGAAAUGCAUACAAUCAGCCCGCUGCAUUCGCCUCGGGAACAAAUAAUGCUGCAUAUCCGAAUUUCAAUUAUCCUCCGCCAAAUGGAUAUCCCCCUUUCGCCGAUGUGGCCCAGUCUACUGCUUCUACUGUGCAGACCAAUGCCCAACCCGAACAAGCCACAGAAGAUCCUCAUGCCGCAACCAUUGAGGGGGUUGUAGAUCGCAUAGUUGCUGAACUGAAACAAAUUUUGAAGAAAGAUUUCAAUCGACGAAUGGUUGAGGGAACGGCGUAUAAAGCAUUCGAAAAUUGGUGGGAUGAGCAAAGUAAGCAGGAAACUAAAGGUCCGUUGACCAAGCCGAACUCUCUGAAUUCGAUAACGUCAGCGGUCCAGCAGCCAAGUCAGCCACCUCAGUCAGUGGCGCAAACAACUGAACAACAGCCACAAGCCACUACGAAAAAAGUGAGCCUAGGGUUUGAAGGCCUCAAUUUCGGUUUUGGAUUGGGUUUAGGACUAAGGGCAUCGAUGCCGAAACUACCUUCAUUCAGACGAAAAAUAAGGCCUCCCUCCCCUCCGCCAAUGGAUGGCGAUUCCAGAAGGAGAUUGCAGGAUUCUGAUGAUGAAUCUCGAGAUACACGUAACGACAGGCGAUACAAUCAAAGAGGCCGUGGUUCUUUGCGCUCCUUGUAUAGCAGCGGUAGCAGCAGCAGUAGUAGCAGCAGCGAAGAUGAAGAUCUUGGUGAUGGACGACGGAAGAGAAAUCGUCGACAACGGGGAAGUGUCUCAUUUUCCUCAUCAGCCUCUAGCUCUGAUGAUCAGUCUCAUUCGGAUUCGGAUUCCAUCUCCGGUGCAGAGAGUAUUAGUGAAGGUAGUCUACCCGAUUCUCCUCGUCCAAUAGUUAGCAAAACUAACAGAACAGAAACUGGCCUGGAGUUGGAGGAAGUAUCUCCAGACAGACCUCCAACUCCUGGUACACCUGAUAUUCGAGAGGAACCAGAAGACCGUUUAUCCCACCUUAUCGAUCAGGCCAAAGAGAAAGAAGAUAGCGACAGUUCAACAUCUUCAUCUGCUUCCUUUGUCUAUAAAGAUCAUUGCUAUUCAUUACCUCCAAAAGAAGAACCUCCAGACGCAAAAGGCUCUUCCGCCUCCCCAUCACCUAAACGUGAAGAUCAUUUGUAUGAUAGGGUGAAAACGGAGAAGGUUACCAAAGUGCCUAGCAAGCUCAAAAAUGCUGAAGCACUCAAGAAGAAGCAAUCAAAGAGAGAGGCUAAGCGUAUUCGUGAUUCAACGACACCCGAUCCGGUCUUACCUAUCAAAAAGACCUUCCCACCCCGCGAUAUGAUGGAAGAAAUGUCGUACUUCUACGAAUUUUUAGCCAAAGGGAUUGAUGCAGAAGACAUAUCCUAUUUCCAUAAAAGCUACGAAAAUCUUCUGUCUCAGGAUGCUUUACAGACUCAGGGCUACUGGCUUAAUGACACGCAUUGGGUGGACUAUGAUCCAACAGAGAUGGAUCCUUCACCGUCUAAACGAAAGCGAAAAGAAGAACCACGUCCUCACAAGUCUGGAUCAGCACGAACCGAGGGCUAUUAUAAACUUGACAGCAAAGAGAAAGCCAAGCACAAGUCUCAUUUCGCUCGAUGCGUCACUGAAGACUCACGUUUGCAGGAAGCUAACGUCUCCUCCGUACGGUCAGCUGGUCUGGGUCCUACAGAUACGGGUAACAAAGGACAAGCUCUUUCGCGGGAAGCUCGUUCCAAUCAGCGAAGGUUACUCACAGCCUUUGGCUUAGAGAAUGAUUCUGAUCUCCUGAAAUUCAACCAACUUAAGUUCCGUGGAGCUAAACUUAAGUUUGGAAAGUCUUCAAUCCACGACUGGGGACUUUUUGCACUAGAACCGAUUGCUGCGGAUGAAAUGGUUAUUGAAUACGUCGGGCAGGUUGUGCGCCCCGUGUUGGCCGACUUGCGAGAGACUCAAUACGAAGCAGUCGGUAUAGGUUCUUCAUACUUAUUUCGUGUGGAUUUGGAGUACAUCAUAGACGCCACAAAAUGCGGUAAUCUGGCCCGCUUCAUCAACCACUCAUGCAAUCCUAACUGCUAUGCCCGAGUCAUCACCAUCGAAAGCCAGAAAAAAAUUGUGAUUUACUCAAAGCAACCAAUCGCUGUUGGGGAAGAAAUAACCUACGAUUACAAGUUUCCCAUCGAAGAGGACAAAAUCGUUUGUCUGUGUGGUUCGAGCCAGUGCCGUGGAACUUUGAAUUGAGCCAAGAAAACCUCUAAACGGUUUCUGCCAACGGACGUGUUCCACUAAACGGACUUUGUACAAAAUUCGUUAUUUCGAUUUACGAUUCCUGCUUUCUACUUCUGUUUAUCUUAUUUGUCCAUUAUUUCAAUGAGUUGAGUUAUUUCGCCUUAGCUACGAAUUGGAAUAUGUAAAAAAAAAAAAAUUGAAAAUGAAAGGAAAAUGAAUUGGUUUCGUUUUA